AUGCAAAUAAGUGAAGGGUGUGACAACGGACCUCGCCUUGCAGACUCCAUUGCACAGUGGAGCCAAUGGCAGUUGCUUGAUUCUCUUCUACCUACCGGCGGCUUUGCUCACUCUUUCGGCCUUGAAGCAGCAGUUCAGUCCAACCUGGUCUCAAAUCCAGAUGAACUCAAGACAUUCAUUAUCCAUGUCUUGGAGAACACAGGAAGCUUACUCCUUCCUUUCGUGCACUUGGCUUCUGUGUCGCCCAAGUUGGAAACCUGGCACAAUCUUGACAAAAUAUUGGAUGCCACACUGACAAAUGAAGUCAGCCGAAAGGCAUCGAUCUCACAAGGGUCUGCACUAAUGAGGGUGGGUUCAGCCGUGUUCUCUGAACUCCCUUCUCUGAAAACAAUGAGAAACGCUUCUUUGGGGUCAGGUACUAUAUCUUUUCACCAUGCUCCUAUAUUUGGACUUAUAUGUGGCACACUAGGAUUAGAUAGUACUGAUUCUCAAAGAGCUUAUAUGUACAUCACAAUGAGGGAUGUUAUUUCUGCUGCUACAAGGUUGAAUUUGAUAGGUCCUCUUGGUGCUGCAGUUUUGCAGCAUCAACUUGCUCCUAAUGCUGAAGCUAUACUAGAGAAAUGGAAGAAUCGCGACGUUGACGAUGCAUGCCAAGUUGCACCUCUGCUAGAUACAGUACAGGGUUGCCAUGGUUAUUUGUUUUCUAGGCUCUUUUCGUCUUAGAAGGCACAAACAUAACACUGAUGUUGUAUUUUUCAUAAUAUGAAGUACAUAGACAUAGUAGAGUUUUGAUUGCAAGAGACAAUGUUAAGUCUUUUGGUAAAUUGAAUUUUCUUGUU